AUGUCUCUCAACCCUAACCCCCACUCACCACCCACCACCAACUCCCCCCCAACAACAUCAACAUCAACACCCCCAAAACAACAAGACCCCCCACCCCCCUCCCAAAUCGACACCCUCCUCCAGCACUACCUCACCCUCCUAGACGCCUACACCACCCAGCGCGCGGCGCUCCACACCCAGCAAACAGCUCUCUUCCAGAACCUAGCGCGGGCUAACUCGCUUGAGGCAGGCCGCGGCGUGGGACGGUAUGGGCAGGAUUGGUAUGACGGGCGGAUGCAGGCUGGGAGGCGGGUGAGGAUAGGAUUGGGAGGGGAGGGUGAGAGUGGGGAAGGGGAAGGGGAAGAGAGAGGUGAUGAGAAGCAGGGAGGUGGGAGUAGUAGAGAGGCAGCGGUGUUUACUGUGGAGGUGUACCCCAAACAGCCAAGUGAGGAGGAAAAGCCAGUAAAGGACCAGGAAGAAGAACCUGACGCCUUGACUACAACGGAAAACCAGGAAAGCAACGGCAGCGACGCCAAUAGCACCCCCUCUCAACCUCCCCAAGACCCCCAACAACCCAACCCCCAACAACCGAACCCCAAAACCGCAGCCCACCAAACCCCCCAAACCAACCAAACCCCCAAAGCCGAAGCAGAAAAUGCGCCCAAAGACCCCCUCAAAUGGUUCGGCAUCCUAACCCCCCUCCCGCUCCGCCAAGCCCAAUCCCAUGCCAUCACCGCAGUCGAGGAUAUCAUCCCCCGUCUAUCCACACUCAGCGCCGAGAUGGCGGCUGUUGAGCUGGAAGUGCGAAGGGCGCGGAAGAGGAGGGUGAAGGCUGAGAAGGGGGAAGGCGGAGGAGGGGGUGAGAACGAGAGAGGGACGAGAUGGGGGUUUGGCUGA